GGCAAUUUGAGCCGACAUAGCAGGAAUUCAUUUUGUUAGAUCCAUUAAUGCAUGUAACAAUGUCAUUUGGGGCACUCUCCCCUUUUUUUUGUUUGUCCUUAACCCCGACUAACCUGUCGUGGGACAAUGUUUGUUUAAUUUAAUUCCCCCCUUUCUCUACCAAAAAAACAAAAAAAAAGCAUUCUCAUCCAACUGCCUGAAUCGCAGUUAAAUCUCAUAUAUAGCGGCAGGAACAGCUUACUGUCUCCAGAGAGAGACAUACUAGCUCUUGCUGUCCGGUCAGUACAUAUUUGGGACUUCCGAAACGCUCUCGAUCGAGCAGUCUUUCUGGAGUCAAAGGAAACCUGGAGAAGAUGGUUAGCAACUGUGCUGAAGACGUGAAAAUUUGUGGAAGUGGUGAGGUUGAAUGUCCUGAGACCACAGUUGAGAUAAAGAUAAAGACGUUGGACUCAGAAACAUAUACAUUGCGAGUGGAUAAAUGUGUGCCAGUUCCAGCACUGAAGGAACAAAUUGCCACAGUUACUGGUGUCUUGACAGAACAACAACGGCUCAUAUGCCGUGGAAAAGUGUUGAAGGAUGACCAGCUGCUUUCCGCUUACCAUGUGGAAGAUGGUCACACUUUGCAUCUGGUUGUGAGGCAACCUUCAUCAGAGAGUACCCCUGACCCCCAAGCAACUGCUUCUGCAUCAAGAGCUGGGUACAGUCAAGGAAACCGAGUGAGUCCUGGUGUAGUAGUUGGAUACUCAUCUGAACAUGGAGGUGGAAUUUUCCCUGAUCUGAAUCGGAUUGUAGCAGCUGUGCUUGGAUCUGUUGGAAUUGCAAGUGCUGGCAGUGGCAAUGAGGGGAUUGAUCUCAAUGGUUUUGGUCCAGCUAGUAUAGGAAACAUUAGAGAUUCUGGUAGAUCACAGUCUGAGCAAGGUGAUACAAGGGAUCAAUCCAGUUUCAGUACUAGUGCUUUUGCACGUCCAACAGAUGUCCCACUGGAAGCUCUGCAAGCAUCGAUUAUUCCUGAUUCUCUUAUAACCUUGACCCAGUACGUGCGCCAUUUGACUGUAGAGUUCAGAGCCAAUGUUAGAGGACAAAGUGAUACUACACAAGUUGCUGGUGCACAUGUAGCAGAUAGAACAGAUUUAGAUGCUACCGCCCAUUCAAUUCGACAGGGGGGAUUUCCGACACCUGCAUCCUUGGCAGAAGUGAUCAUUUUGACAAGGCAGUUAUUGAUGGAACAAGUUGUUGAGUGUUUGUCGCAAUUUUCUACAUUGCUAGAGAAUCAAGCCGAUGUGACAGAUCCAACAGAGAGAAUGAGAAUUCAAUCAUAUGCGUUAAGAACAGGAGGUCUUUUCCGAAAUGUAGGUGCUAUGCUACUUGAGUUUGGUCGGACGACAAUGACGUUACGAAUGGGCGAAGCACCAGAUGAUGCUGUGGUGAAUGCCGGACCCGCUGUCUUUGUGUCUACUUCUGGCCCCAAUCCUAUAAUGGUUCAGCCACUACCUUUUCAGCCGGGUACAAGCUUUGGGCCUGUUCCUGUUGGAACUGCACAAAAUAGUACUGGAUUUUCUGGAGGAUCUGUUGGUUCUGGCUUUAUUCCAAGGAAUAUUGACAUCAGAAUACGAACAGGUUCAUUUAUGGCUUCAAAUCCAAAUCGAAGAGAGCCUACUGGUUCACAGCAAUCGGGGCAAGCUGCUCAAGCAGCUUCUAAUGGUGGAAGUUCUGAUCAACAAAAUGCUGGAGGCACUAGAAGCUCCUCUUCUGUGGAGUCAGCAGUGCGAGUAGUUCCUAUUAGAACUGUAGUUGCUGCAGUUCCCGCUUCCGUUGGGCGUUCAACUUCUGAUUCAUCUCGAAGUCCCAUGGGAAUAUUCUAUCCAGUUUUAGCUAGAGUGCAACAUGUCAGUUCUAACAAUUCAGGAGCUUCUCAAGCAUCUGAUCAAAAUAAUUUACAUGGUGUUGAGACUAGAGACCCAUUUAAUCCUGAUUCUUCAGGGCAACAGCAAAAUGUUGGACUCCCUGGUGUUGCAGGUAACUUUAGCUCAUUCAGUGAAGUAUCAAAUGGCGAAGAGUUUUCUGCUCAGUACCAAAGUAGUGUUGAUCAACUUCUGAGGUCAUUAUUCUCUAGUGAAAAUAUUCAUCAUGAGAAUGUUAGUGAUCACGGUGUAACUACAAACUCUGCCAGUGAAGGUGAUGCGGUAGUUGAAAACAAUAGUAGUUCUCAGGAGACAGCAACAGCAGAAGAUGAGGGGGUUUUCCUGUCAAAUAUUCUACGUCAUAUCAUGCCAAUUAUUUCUGAAACCAAUGGAACAUCACCUACUGAUUUACCUAGUGGACAAUCAAAUAUGGCUGAAGAUAGAAGGGAUGAUCGUCAAACACAGGUGCAAGAAAACAGAGAGCAGGCAAGUUCUUCACAUCAGCGACGUGAUCCUCCAUUGCCACCAAGCUCAAAACGUCAUAAGGGGGAGUGAUUUCUAGAUUCCCUGGUUUCAGCCAGCGAAUGUAUUGCGGCUUUGUGGUUGUAUCUCUGCUUUAUGGUGCAGCGGGACUGAUUUCAAGAUUGCUGGUUUCGGCCAAUGCUUCGAGGUUCUGUUUGUAAACAAAUUGAAACGUUGUUUUGGCAGUGUACAAUAUUGAAUGACUCGGAACUUCUUUCAUUUCAUGAUGUAAAUCGAGAUAGCAAAAGGAAAUGCAGCUAAUAUUGAGCUAAGACGAAAUAGAUUAUAAGGAACAAGGGCAAUUCUCAUUCA